AUGGCAGAAAGAAUACUACAAGAUAUAGCUGAACAAAAGAAGCGUCUUACAAUAGCGGAAAUCAAUAAAAACACGGAAGAGAAAGCAAAAGCCUACUACAAUCUAGGCAAUGCUUAUUACUCCCUCAGUGACUUCCAUCAAGCAGUAGAGUACCUCAACCAAUACCUCAGCAUAGCUGAGGAAGUCGGUGACAUAGCAGGAUCAGCAGGAUGUGUCUGUGGCGGAGUCGGCAUUGCUUACCAAUCCCUCGGUGACUACCAAAGAGCAAUAGAGUACCACAAUCAACACCUCAGGAUUGCCAAGGAAGUUGGUGACAGGGCAUGUAAAGGCAAAGCCUUUUUCAAUCUCGGCGUUGCUUAUCACAGCCUUAAAGAAUUCCACAGAGCAAUAUUGUACUACAAUCAAGGCCUCAGGAUUGCCAAGGAAGUUGAUGACAGGGCAGAUGAAGGAAGUGCCUAUCUCAAUCUCGGCGCUACUUAUCGCAACCUUAAUGAAUUCCAAAGAGCAAUAGAGUACUACAAUAAAUACCUCAUCAUUGCCAAGGAAGUUGGUGACAGGGAAGGGCAAGGCAAAGCCUAUAACAAUCUCGGCGCUACUUAUCGCAGCCUUAAUAAAUUCCAAAGAGCAAUAGAGUACUACAAUAAAUACCUCAUCAUUGCCAAGGAAGUUGGUGACAGGGCAGGGCAAGGCAUAGCCUAUGCCAAUCUUGGCUGUGGUUAUAACAGCCUUGAAGAAUUCCAACGAGCAAUAGAGUACCACAAUCAACACCUCAGGAUUGCCAAGGAGGUUGGUGACAGGCGAGAUGAAGGAAAUACCUAUGGCAGUCUCGGCUUUGCUUAUCAGGGCCUUGAAGAAUUCCAACGAGCAAUAGAGUACCACAAUCAACACCUCAAGAUUGCCAAGGAAGUUGGUGACAGGGCAGGUGAAGGAUGUGCCUAUGGCAAUCUCGGCGGUGCUUAUCACAGCCUUAAAGAAUUCCAACGAGCAAUAGAUUACCACAAUCAAACCCUCAGCAUUGCCAAGGAAGUAAGUGACAGGGCAAUGGAAGGCAGAACCUAUUACAAUCUCGGCGCUACUUCUCUCAGCCUUAAUGAAUUCCAAAGAGCAAUAGAGCACACCAAUAAAUCCCUCAUCAUUGCCAAGGAAGCUGGUGACAGGGCAGGGCAAGGCAAAGCCUAUGCCAAUCUCGGUCUUGCUUAUCACAGUCUUAAUGAAUUCCAAAGAGCAAUAGAGUACACCAAUAAACACCUCAUCAUUGCCCAGGAAGUUGGUGACAGGGCAGGGCAAGGCAAAGCCUAUAACAAUCUCGGUCUUGCUUAUCACAGCCUUCAUGAAUUCCAAAGAGCAAUAGAGUACACCAAUAAACACCUCAUCAUUGCCCAGGAAGUUGGUGACAGGGCAGGGCAAGGCAAAGCCUAUAACAAUCUCGGUCUUGCUUAUCGCAGCCUUCAUGAAUUCCAAAGAGCAAUAGAGUACACCAAUAAACACCUCAUCAUUGCCCAGGAAGUUGGUGACAGGGCAGGGCAAGAGCAAGGCUAUUCCACUCUCGGCAGUAGUUAUGAAGUUCUCGGCGAAUACCAAAGCGCAAUAGAGUACCACAAUAAAUGCCUCAGCAUUGCCAAGAAAGUUGGUGACAAGGAAGGGCAAGGCACAACCUAUCACAAUCUCAGCAAUAUUUAUUCCGCUCUCGGCGAAUCCCAACGAUCAACAGAGUACAGCAAUUAAGUCCUCAUCAUUGCCAAGGAAGUUGGUGACAGGGCAAUGGAAGGCAUGGCCUAUGCCAAUCUCGGCAGCCCUUAUCACAGCGUUGAAGACUUCCGAGGAGAAAAGGAGUGCUACGAGAAAGCGUUGAGCAUUUUCAAGGAAGUCGGUCACAGAGAAGGAAAAGGACUUGCCUAUUUAAAACUCGGCAGCGUUUAUCGUUCCCUCGGCGACUUGUCACGAGCAAUGGAGUACUACAAGCAAUCCCUGAGCAAUGCUAAGGAAAUUGAUGACAGGGAAGGACAAGGAGAUGCCUAUUGCCACCUCGGAGGAUGUUAUCUCGAGCUCCAAGACUUCAAGAAAGCAAUAGAGUAUUUCAGGCAACACCUGAGCACUGCCGAGAAAAUCGGUGACAGGAAGGGAGAAGCAUGUGCCCAUAGCGGCCUGGGUCAGUCUUUUUUGGCAUCAGAUUCUUUGAAUGAGGCUUUAGAACAUUUUAGAUGCAGUGUAAAAAUCUUUGACACUAUUAGAGCCAGUUUUAUCUCGGAAGAUGAAUUGAAAAUAAGUUUCCGUACGCAACAUCAAUAUGCCUAUACUCAUUUAUGGCACGUUUUAGUAAGGCUUCAAAGACAUGAUGAGGCUUUAUACGCUGCUGAGAGGGGACGGGCACAGGCUUUGCUCGAUGCCUUAAAACUAACUUAUGGUCUUACAUCACUUUCUCCCAGGUCAAUUGAAUCUGAAGAAGAAGUCAGAUAUAUUUCAAGGAAGACAACUGUUUUAACAGUUUUUCUUGCCCUUCAUUUGGAAACAGUCAAUAUAUGGGUAUUGCGAAAAGAAGGCAACCCUAUUUUUACGCACGCGAAGAUAGAAAUUGGUCCUGAACACGAAGAUUCCUUUACUUUCCUUUUAGACUUUGUUUUGGGAUGCAUUGGGGCUGGCGUCGGUAUCAGGUGCGAAAAUCGGUCAAUGGAUAAGAUUAGUGAUGACCAAACUUCAACUACUCGAGACGAUGAUCAAACAUCGGAGCCAAUACAGGGGACCACCGACCUUUUACAGCCAUUAUAUGAUGUAGCUCUUGGUCCCAUUGAAGACUUGCUUGAUGGUGAUGAACUAAUUGUAGUUCCUGACGGCGCUUUGUCUAAAGCUCCUUGGGCAGCCCUGAGUGAAACUUUAAGGAUCCGCACUGUUCCCUCACUGACAAGUUNACUGUUUUAACAGUUUUUCUUGCCCUUCAUUUGGAAACAGUCAAUAUAUGGGUAUUGCGAAAAGAAGGCAACCCUAUUUUUACGCACGCGAAGAUAGAAAUUGGUCCUGAACACGAAGAUUCCUUUACUUUCCUUUUAGACUUUGUUUUGGGAUGCAUUGGGGCUGGCGUCGGUAUCAGGUGCGAAAAUCGGUCAAUGGAUAAGAUUAGUGAUGACCAAACUUCAACUACUCGAGACGAUGAUCAAACAUCGGAGCCAAUACAGGGGACCACCGACCUUUUACAGCCAUUAUAUGAUGUAGCUCUUGGUCCCAUUGAAGACUUGCUUGAUGGUGAUGAACUAAUUGUAGUUCCUGACGGCGCUUUGUCUAAAGCUCCUUGGGCAGCCCUGAGUGAAACUUUAAGGAUCCGCACUGUUCCCUCACUGACAAGUUUGAAAGUCAUCUCAGAUUCUCCAAUUGAAUACCACAGUAAAGGUGGAGCCCUGCUAGUUGGAGAUCCAUGCUUGAAGAAAAUUACAGAUAGACGGGGGAGCCCCAUUUAUGAUCCUCUGAAGUACGCAAGAAUGGAAGUGGAGAUGAUUGGAGAAAUUUUAAAAAGUCAACCCUUAACAGGUGAAGAUGCAACCAAAGAAGCGGUACUUCAGAGAAUCAGGUCAGUUGCUUUGGUACACAUUGCAGCCCACGGAAGAAAGGAAACGGGAGAAAUUGUUUUGGCUCCAGCCCCCCGAUGGGAAUCCAAGCCUCCUAAGGAGGAGGAUUGCAUUAUGAAAAUGUCUGACAUACAAGCUGUUAAGCUGAGAGCGAGGCUGGUUGUGCUUAGUUGCUGCCACAGUGGUCAAGGAGAGGUAUCGUCUGAGGGUGUGGUCGGUAUGGCACGUGCUUUCUUGUUUGCUGGUGCUCGUUCCGUGCUGGCGACACUCUGGGCAAUUGAUGACGAAGCCACAAUGAUGUUUAUGAAAUCUUUCUACAAACAACUUGGAAGUGGAGAAAGUGCAAGUGUUGCUCUUCAGAGGGCCAUGAAAUGUCUUCGAGACUCCCACGACUAUUCUGCCCCGAAGUACUGGGCUCCUUUUGUUCUGAUGGGCGAUGACGUUAAGAUUGAAUUGGAAAAGAGUCAUUGA